GUCGACGGCGACUUAAUUGUUUUUCUCUGCAGUCGAAAAUGUACAUUGUGACGUCAUAAGUCGUUUCGCGGUUUUUGAAGAAACUAAAUGUACUGUACUUAUGUACCACUGCUUGUGUAACUGGGUGUGCCAAGCUGCGUAAUGGCUUCAGCAUCAGACAAAUAUGGUCAGUUUCUUGAUAACUAUUUUGCCAAAUAUCCGGAGAAACCCAUAAAGACAAACACGUUUCAAUAUGCUCUACGGAAUUCUUCUGUAUUAACUAAAGAGCUGAAAGGCGAAUGCAUUUACGUGUGCUUGCAGCAUUUGUUGCAAAGUGAUUGUCCGGAUAAUCUGGCCUACAUCAUCGCUAAGAAGGUUUCAAACCAAGUUAUUGAAAAGUUAAAGCAAGAAGAUACAGCCUCUAAUGAGUAUGAGUCUUCAGCCAUAGCUGAAUUGACAUUGCAAACAACCUAUGAGAUCUGUCAAUCAUCAUUUGACGUGCUCUCAUCAGAAGCAGCAUCAUUGCCCACCCCUCCCGUAUACUCAGCAUGUGGAAUUAAGAAUACAAGGAGGAAAAUGGAGGACCACCAUCUCAUAAUAACAAGUCUUAACUCCAUUUUUAACUUAACGCAGGAUCAACCAGUGACUCAGUUCUAUGGUGUAUACGACGGCCAUGGUGGUGUCACGGCAUCUAACUAUGCAGCAAAACAACUGCAUGUUCGUUACGUUGAGAAUGACAGCAGUGACCUCAAAACUUGCAUACAAACAUUAGAUGAUGAAUUUUGUGCGAAAGCCACUAAAGAGCACUUGCAUUGUGGGAGCACAGCUGUAGUUGCCACGGUUACAAAGAGUGAAAUAAACAUUGCUUGGGUCGGUGAUAGCCAAGCUGUGCUCAUCAAAAAUGGAAAACCUGUUGAAUUAACCACCCCCCACAAACCUGAGAGGCCAGAUGAGAAGUUAAGAAUUGAAGAGUUGGGAGGUUGUGUUGUUUGGUUUGGAACAUGGAGGGUUAAUGGAACGGUGGCUGUUUCAAGAGCUAUAGGAGAUGCAGACCACAAGCCUUACAUCUCGGGUGAAGCGGACACUGUAACGUUACCACUGGAGGGGGAUGAAGAGUAUUUAUGUUUAGCAUGUGAUGGAUUCUGGGACGUCUUCAACGGAACAAACCUCAUCAACCUGGUUACCGAUUAUAUGCGGGAGGGUGGGGAACGUACGGGAAUCGCUCGGCAUCUGUGCAUCAAGGCUAAAGACAAAGGAUCUACGGACAACAUAACAGUGGUGAUUGUGUUCCUUAAACAAGACAUCGAGUUUAGGAAUAUUGAAGAUGAAACAAAAACGGAAGAAGUGGAAAAAAUAGAAGAAACAAAAGAGGAAAAUGAGUUGCCUGUUUCGCCAGAAGUUUCAACCAACAAUAACAACAACAACAACAAUAGCAGAAGUAAUCUUAAAUCUGGGAAUCCACCUAACUCAGGCACCCAGUAUGGCAUGGUACACGGUGUGAAAAUGAAACCUGCGGAAAAAAUUAAAAUUCCGCACAAACUGCUUGUCAACUUUGCAAGGAAUGCUGUUCAGCAAACCACUGUUGAAAAAGAGCAAGUAAUUGUCACUGAGUCAUCGAAACAUGCCAAACUACCACAUACCUUGUACAGCCCACAGAGAAAAAGACCGUCUGCAUUUUCAAAAUCUCCACAAAGGAAAUCUGCAACAACAAAUGAACCAACAAGAACAUCAUUAAAUAAUUCAACAAGGACUGAGUUGGUUAUUGAACCAUCAGUGAUCAGUGAUGAGGAUCGCUCUGUGUCCUCCAUCCAACCUCCCCAUCUUCCCAUCGUGAUCACGAACUCGCUCUCAUCCACUUUAAAACCUCUUCGCCCACGAACCGUUCUCUAGCCAGAUAGUGUGCUUUGUUUACACAACCCUUUGCUUGCACAUGAAAAUGAAACACCAUAUAUACACCUAUGCAAACACAUGGGGUGUGGGUUCAACAUAGCUAUCAUGUAAUCUAUAUUAAAGCUACAGCAUUUUUUAUAAACACACACAUUUCUAACUAGUGGUUUAACUCAACCAUGAAAUAGCAUAUGAGUGAAAUCUUUAAAAUUCUGUGUAACAGCAUUCACAGAAUUCGACUUCUAGUCUAUUUGAAAACAAUAUAGUACUGUGGUGUAAGAUGGACUGUUAGCACAUAUAUCCCAUAUUUCCUGGUUGUGUUUUGAACAAUUAACAACGCUCUGCUGGACUACAAUUAUAUAACGUUUUCUUUGUUAACUAUGAAAUUAAACGAGAAAAGCUAAUGAAAAUAUGUAACGUCUUACCCUACCCUCUUAUAUUUUGGUUGUGUAUUGCGUGACAUUUUUCCAAUUGCUAGUUGCAUUUUAAUCUAAGCACUAUGUAUUAGAUGUUUGAGCACUAUUUUAUAUUGGUUUGUUCGUAUAUUCAGACACUCGACACAAUACAUCAUGAUUGCGUAAUUUUUCACAACAUUUUAAAUUCGUCAUUUUGUUGUGUCCCAUUUUAGCAUGCCCGUGAAUUCAUUCGCUGUUUUGUUGUUACGCCAGCAUGUGUUGCUUUGACAAGGUGCAGUCGCCCACAUCUGAAAGCCUCUGCCCAUACUACAUUAGCUUUUACCGAUUUUAAUGAAAUAUUUUCAUGAGUUAGCUUCCCCACCUUGCACUUACCAUAUUGCAGAAAUAAAUAUUCUAUUUUCUAAUCCACCACAA